UUACUAGACUUACCAUUAUUAGUUUCUUUUUAUUCUGUUUUUAACCCCUUGUCAGCUGUAGACUGGAAUCUAUAUAAACUCAAUGAAGACUUUUCAUUAUUAGGAAGCUCAAAAAAUUAUUCUUUUGUAUAUCUAUACCAGCACACUCUUCGUGAAGAAACCAUGGUAGUGAUGACUGAAGAAAUGCCUUUGGAAAUUUCUUAUGUGCCUUCUACUUAUCUGACUGAGAUCACUCAUGUCUCACAAGCCCUAUCAGAAGCAGAACAACUUCUCAAUGCUCCUGACCUCUGUGCUAAAGAUUUUGAAGAUCUCUUUAAACAAGAGGAGUCUCUAAAGAAUAUAAAAGACAGUCUGCAACAAAUCUCAGGUCGCAUUGAUGUUAUUUACAACAAGAAGACAGCAGCAUUGCAAAGUGCCACACCUGUGGAAAGGGCAAAGCUACAGGAAGCUCUCUCACAGAUGGAUUUUCAAUGGGAAAAAGUUAACAAACUAUACAAGGACCGACAAGGGUAGGUAAUACUUACAUUUUAUUGAAUAAUUACAUCUGUUUUCAGGGAACUAUAGAAUUCAUUUUGAUACUCUUAAUGGAAAAAAGAGAGGAAGAAGUAUUAUCAUUAGCAAAA